AUGCCUCCCCCGCAUGUCCUGAUACCCGGGCCCAAACAAGACCCGCCGCGCCCUCGCCAUCCGCGCGAGCUCGGCCUCGGCGGCGCGGAGAAACAGGUGGCUUCGAGGGCCGCCCGCUCGCCCCCUCCGCCCGAGAGCGAGCUUCCUUUUGCAGUCGAAAAAGGCACUCCGUCGGGCGGUAAAAGGAUGAAGUUAAAGGAUACCCGAGGGCGAAGCAGGAACCCCGCAGGAGCCCCAGCAGGAACCCCCGCAGGGAACCCAGCACCCCAGAGGAGCCCCCAGCAGGAGAGCAGGAGCCCCCAGCAGGACCCCCCAGCAGGAGAGCAGGAACCCCCCCCCGCCCCAGGAAGUGGACGACGCGACGGGGAAGAGUGGAUCUCGAGCUCUCCACUUCGCCCGCUGACCCCACUUCCACACUGCCCAUAG